AUGGCAGCCGGAGUCGCGGCUUGGCUUCCUUUCGCCCGGGCGGCAGCCAUAGGAUGGAUGCCCGUGGCAAGCGCACCUAUGCCCACACCCCCCAGGGAGAAGAGGAGAACACAAGACGGACUCAUUAUCCUUAAUGUCAGUGGGACAAGGUUUCAGACCUGGCGGAAUACUUUGGAACGGUACCCGGACACUCUACUCGGAAGCACAGAGCGAGAUUUCUUUUUCCAUGAAGAAACUAAUGAGUACUUUUUUGAUCGAGACCCAGACAUAUUCCGACACAUUCUCAAUUUUUACCGCACAGGCAAACUGCAUUACCCACGGCAUGAAUGCAUUUCUGCAUACGACGAAGAGCUGGCGUUCUUUGGGAUAAUACCUGAAAUUAUCGGGGACUGUUGCUACGAAGAGUACAAAGACCGCCGGCGAGAGAAUGCGGAAAGAAUUCAAGAUGACGAAGACAGUGAAAACAAGAAUGAUUUGGCGCCAGCUCAUAUGACCUUUCGGGAGUCUAUGUGGCGGGCUUUUGAAAACCCACACACCAGCACAAUGGCACUUGUAUUUUAUUAUGUCACUGGAUUUUUCAUUGCGGUUUCUGUCAUGGCCAACGUCGUGGAGACGGUGCCUUGUGGGACCUCACCUAGGGGCAUCAAGGAGGUGUCCUGCGGAGAGCGCUAUGCGUUGGCCUUCUUCUGCCUGGAUACCGCCUGCGUUAUGAUCUUCACAGUCGAAUACAUGUUGCGUCUAAUCGCAGCGCCAAGUAGAUACAAGUUUGUUAAAAGUGUAAUGAGUAUCAUCGAUGUGGUUGCAAUCAUGCCUUACUAUAUUGGCCUGGUUAUGACAGACAACGAGGAUGUGAGUGGGGCUUUCGUCACCCUGAGAGUGUUCCGUGUUUUUCGGAUUUUUAAAUUCUCCCGCCAUUCAGCCGGACUGCGUAUCCUGGGUUACACUCUGAAGAGUUGUGCGUCUGAACUAGGAUUCCUGCUCUUUUCUCUGACAAUGGCCAUCAUUAUUUUCGCCACGGUGAUGUUCUACGCGGAGAAAGGAUCUUCAGCCAGCAAGUUCACCAGUAUCCCCGCAGCUUUCUGGUACACCAUUGUCACCAUGACAACGCUAGGGUAUGGUGACAUGGUUCCUAAAACCAUCGUGGGGAAGAUAUUCGGCUCGAUCUGCUCCCUGAGCGGAGUGCUGGUCAUCGCCCUGCCCGUCCCGGUCAUCGUGUCCAACUUCAGCCGCAUCUACCACCAGAGCCAGCGCGCCGAGAAACGCCGGGCGCAGAAGAAAACCAGGCUCGCUAGAAUUCACGCGGCGAAGACGGGCGGUGCUAACGCCUAUAUGCGAUACAAACGCAACGGGCUCCCCAGUGACCUCCUGGAGCAGGCCUCGAAGGAAGCCGGCCAGGCCCAGAUCUCCAGGGCCAACCCCGUCUUCGAGACCCAGCACCACCACCUGCUGCACUGCCUGGAGAAGACCACGAACCACGAGUUUGUGGAUGAGAAGACGUAUGAGGCCAGCUGCAUGGAGGUGUCGCUGGUGAACCAGCUGGGCUCCCGCUCCUCCUCGCUGAGCUCCUCCCACCACGGCCUGUCCUCCUGCUGCUCCCGCCGCAACAGGAAGAGGAGCCUGCACCUCCCCAAUUCCACUGCCGCCGGUCGCCAUGGCAGCGUGCAGGAGCUCAGCACCAUCCAGAUCCAAGAGAGGCCGCUGUCCAACAGUCGCUCCAGCCUGAACGCUAAGCUGGACGAGACCGUACCGCUGAACUGUGACCAGCCCUACAUCACGGCCGCCAUCAUCACCAUGCCGACCCCGCCGGUGACCACGCCCGAGGGCGACGAGUCGGCGAGUUCAUCCAACUACUCGCAGACCAACAUCGUCCGGGUGUCGGCCCUAUAGACUCCACCGUCCUUGCCAAGGUGUCGGGCCUCAGAGAGACUCAACACCCCCUACUGGAGAGUGCGGUCAUUACACAAACUGAGGAGCCUCGGACCUGUUUUUUACUCCAACACUGCGGGUGUUGGUAUUUAGUAUAACACUGACACUGGGGAUCCUCCACCCAGGAGGGGGUGCUGUCUGGAGAAAGCCCCUGGGCUUAAGGCUUCAGAUCCUACACUCUCACGGGAAAGAUAUUUUUAAAUAUUGUGUGUCUUUCAAUAUGUUGUCUUAUGGAUUAGAGAGGCGGGGGGGUGGCCAUUUUUUUUAAAAGACAGCAUUUAAUCACAUGCUUGGGAUCAGAGGAACUUACAGUAUGUUGUAUAUUUAAUUGAAAAUAAUGAUGUAACAAGAAAGACUUUUGAUACUAAUACGUGAAGAGGCACAUGCAUGUGUGUGCAUGUGCCUGUGUGUGUGUGUGUGUGUGUGUGUGGGUGUGGGUGUGUGUGUAAGUGACUCAACAUGCAUGACCUAAUUGCAGUUUCUGAAUUUGUGAAUCUGUGUCCCCACCCUCCCCCUUUCCUGAAACUACAAUUCCCAUCACCACGAGCAAUAAGGCUCUUUUCAGUUCAUCUCUGUAUUUCGCAGAGGAGCGAAUCACCUGCUUGGUUACUUCUCUCACUUUCUCCGUUGAGUUACUCAGUGCAAAGAGGAUGCUGAUUGGCCAUUGUGAAUACCCUUCUCUGAUAUCCCCCCUCCGAGCUUGUCUCCCCUCUCCUUUACUGCGUUUACAUACUCAGUAAUGCAUCAUUUGUAAUUCUUGGUUGGUGAAAACGUUUUAUAGCUGCAUUGAGUCGUACUCACACUUUAAUUGUGAAAGAAGAAAAUGAUGUUUCUUGUUGUUCAUUUGUGUCUAUAAUUACAGCAAUCCCCAAUACACUUGCAAAGCAUUAAGAGGACACAGAAAACUCUUUAAAUCAGUGGUGUUGGAUAAGACUGGACACCUCUGCUUUAAGUGCUAAAUCAACACAACAGAUAAUGAUACUGAUCUUACUACAUCUCACACUUUAAAACGGUUUAAAAUAAUGGCCAAACUGCAACCGAUCUUAAUGUUUCUUCUGCUGAUGCAAUUUUGCUAUUGUAUGAAGUUGGCUAACUGAAGCAAACCAGAAAGCCACAUUUGUGUACCUUGAGGAAAUCCUAGUUGAUUAUGAAGUAUUGUGUUACUCUUACCUUUUCUCUAACAUAGCCAGACGUAUUACGUGUAUUACGUAACGUUACAGUGUAAAGCAACGUCAACAAAAGUGUAGUGGUGGAAAUACUGAUGUGAAAUUUAAUUUCCUUGUGGAGCAGUUGAGCUGAACGAAGUUUUCGGUAAUUGUGAUAAGCUGGCUCCGCGCGCAAUAGGCUACUGGCUCGUACAAGCGCUGUUUAAUGGAGCGUCGUACCGUUACGCCAUUAGGCUAACAUCAUUCCUGUGUGUGGAACCGAAUGCAACGAGACACUUCACUUCACUGAUCGCGGGUAAAUCGCAUCAAUGUGAAAUGGGUUUUUUAACCAAGUAAAAUAAUGACCUUAUGCUGUCAUUGUUGUUUUUCUGUUGCCUUGUGUAAUUUCAGAUUGAACUAUGGGUCUUUUUCACCAUUUUGUUUUUCCAGAGUACUGUACAGUACUGUCCACCUUUGGAACGCCUUCCCCGUAGAUCCCACCUCUGCUCAGAAAUGGCGUUAGAAUUUCCAAAAUUGACUCGUGUGAAUUAUGCAACAAGGGUUUUGUACAGAUUUUCAUUUUAUUGAGAAAAAUAGAGAAACACAUAAUAUUUUUAAAAACAAAUUGUCAUGUAUAGCUCAUUAAAUCUUACUCCAUUUUUGGUUGUAAAAAUAUAUAUAUAAAAAUUGCCGACUGUGUUUAGUGACCAAGUGCUGUAAAUUGUUCUUCUGUGUAGUAAAUAUUUAUCACAGUUAGUCAUUUUAAUCAUUUCAAAUGCCGUUUCUAUUAUUUUAUUUCAGUUAAUAAUCAGGUACUCAUCUUAUCAAUUCUAUAUCCUCCCAAGACCCGGCACUUCAUAUUUGUCCUCUUUCGGGGACAUGAGUCUCUGGUCUUAGUCUUUGAACCAUAAAUUCAAUUAAAAAAAAAGAAUAUUGUUGAAAAUAUUUUCACUGCAUUAUCCAAGACACUUGUAUUAUGCCAAAUACAAAUACUUUUUGCUAAUUCUGGCAAGGUCUCAGGAGGAUAUACCUUUUUGUUUCUUGACCGUUAGAUCAAAAAGAUGCAUGCAGUCAGUCAUCGAUGACUUUGGUCUUGUUGUACCGGAGAAAAGUCUGAGUUCUGUUCUUGAUUUGUUUGUCAAAGCUCGAGGCUUUAGAAAGGUGUAUUUAAUGUACAAGAGACUUGUGUAAAUUCAAGAAAUGACUACUUUAAAUUUGUUACGGCUUGUGCUGUGGACAAAAUAUAAAAAAAUAUUUACAAAUUAGAAACAGCAAAACACAUUGUUCUGUUCAGUGUGGUCUAUGAAUAAAUGAGAAAGUCACUGUUCUAUUAAAAUACUAGGGGAAAAACCUUGA